UUUGUGUGUUGUGUAUGGUUAUUAGUUAGCUUUGUGUGUUGUGUAUGGUUAUUAGUUAGCUUUGUGUGUUGUGUAUGGUUAUUAGUUAGCUUUGUGUGUUGUGUAUGGUUAUUAGUUAGCUUUGUGUGUUAUGUAGUUGUGUAUGGUUAUUUGUUAGCUUUGUGUGCAUGGUAGUUGUGUAUCUCUGCUGGUUAUUGUAGUCACGUUGCGAUGCCCAUAGGCUGAGUAAUGGUGGCGGUUAGUUGUAGUAGAUAGCUGUAGUGUGUGAACAUGUUGGUGGAUUUCCUUGCAGAGUGAGUGUGUGUGUGUGAGUGUGUGUCAGUGUGUGGGGGCCGGUCCUGGCUGUGCUGUCUCUGUUCUCUGGGCAGUUCAGAUCUGUCUCUCUCCCCCUCUGGUCGCUGACUAUCACACAAGGGGGAUGAAUUCUACGUGCAACUUUUUUUACCAGGCAGAUAUCACCCUAUGCGGCUCAAGAUCUGUGGAUGAAUUCCAUCCCUUCAUCGAAGCACUUCUGCCGCACGUGCGAGCCUUCGCCUACACGUGGUUCAACCUCCAAGCCCGAAAACGAAAAUAUUUCAAAAAACACGAAAAACGCAUGUCAAAGGAGGAGGAAAGAGCCGUGAAGGACGAGUUGUUGAGCGAAAAACCAGAAGUCAAACAGAAAUGGGCAUCCCGGCUCCUGGCAAAGCUGAGAAAAGAUAUUAGGCCGGAAUAUCGGGAGGAUUUUGUACUCACCGUUACAGGGAAAAAGCCGGCAUGUUGCGUUCUCUCCAACCCUGACCAGAAAGGGAAGAUGAGAAGGAUUGACUGCCUCCGACAGGCGGACAAGGUCUGGAGACUGGACCUGGUCAUGGUGAUUUUAUUUAAAGGUAUCCCACUCGAAAGUACUGAUGGCGAACGUCUUGUAAAAUCUCCUCAGUGUUCUAACCCCGGGCUGUGCGUACAGCCGCACCACAUAGGAGUUUCGGUCAAGGAACUCGACUUAUACUUGGCAUACUUUGUGCACUCGGCAGACACUAGUAUUGGGAUCAGAGGGAAUGGAGUCUCUGCAGGAUCAGUAUACGUGUCACAUAGGUCUGCAGCGGCGCUGUAUACAGGGAACGAUUCAAGUCAGUCAGAGAGUCCCAGCCAGCAGAGCGAGGCCGACAUCAAGGACCAGCCGGAAAAUGGACAUUUGGGCUUCCAAGACAGCUUUGUGACUUCAGGUGUUUUCAGUGUUACAGAACUUGUCCGAGUGUCGCAAACACCCAUAGCGGCAGGAACGGGUCCUACUUUCCCCAUUUCAGAAUUGGACAGUUCUUCGUACUACAGUAUGAGCCCAGGUGCAAUGAGAAGAUCGUUGCCCAGCACGUCUUCUACCAGUUCUACGAAGCGCCUCAAGUCCGUAGAGGAUGAGAUGGACAGUCCCAAUGAGGAGCCAUUUUACCCAAACCAGGGGCGUUCUCCAGGAAGCGGCAGUCAGUCCAGCGGGUGGCAUGAUGUGGAGCCAGGAAUGCCAUCGCCUACUACCUUAAAGAAGUCAGAGAAGUCUGGUUUCAGCAGUCCUUCUCCUUCGCAGACCUCUUCCCUCGGAACGGCUUUUACGCAGCAUCAUCGACCUGUCAUAACAGGACCCAGAGCGAGUCCGCAUGCAACGCCAUCAACUUUACAUUUCCCGACGUCGCCCAUUAUCCAGCAACCUGGGCCGUACUUCUCUCACCCAGCAAUCCGCUAUCACCCGCAGGAGACUCUGAAAGAGUUUGUCCAACUUGUCUGCCCAGAAGCCGGUCAGCAGGCUGGACAGGUGGGGUUCCUAAACCCCAAUGGUAGCAGCCAAGGCAAGGUGCACAAUCCAUUCCUUCCUACUCCCAUGUUGCCACCACCUCCUCCGCCACCAAUGGCCAGGCCUGUGCCCCUGCCAGUGUCAGACACAAAGCCUCCGACCACGUCUACAGAAGGAGGAGCCACAUCUCCCACUUCUCCGAAACAGACAGGAUUGCUUAAUUCAGCAGCCUACUCAACGCCCAGCACUUCCCCCGCAAACCGAUUUGUCAGUGUUGGACCACGAGAUACAAGCUUUGUAAAUAUCCCUCAACAGACUCAGUCCUGGUACCUGGGAUAAUGGUCACAGAUUUCUAUCACACACAUGACAGACCACCUGGCCCUUCCCAUCUCUGUAACAUGGAAGAAAAUGGUGACAACACGGCACAGUUGCUUCGCUCCAAUGGAAGGGGAAGACUUGUGUCAACAGCAUAACAACGUUGAAUAAGAAGAAGAAAUAAAAAAAGAAUCUUACGUGGUCGCAUGGCAAUGACCCUUUAUAAUCAGCCUUACUUCCCUUACGUUUUUAUGAUAACUCUCUCGCCGUGGGGUCUGAAGAAAGUUCUUGCCGGGAAAAGCUGGGAAUCAUGGCAUUUGAAGUGUUUCAUUGGUAGUGUAAAAAAAUAGGUGGUUCUGGGUAGCCUUGGUCUGAUGUUUUUUUUUUGUUUUGUUUUUUUUGUUUUUUUCUUACCGACUUGCUG